CGUUUCGUUUCAGGUCGCUGCCUGACAAAUUAAAUGCAUCUCUCUCUUUAGUGAUAACAGAAACUGGCAAAAAGAAAAGCUCACUCUUUCUUUAUUUUAUUUUUUUUGUUGUUGUUGUUGUUGAAUUGUUUUUCUUUUCAGUAUUAUUUAUUUAUUUUCCCAUUACUGUCUCAAGAACUGAACAGAUAACAGAGUGACAGAAGAUAGAAGUUUGUUUUUCGAAGUCUCUUCUUUUUCUUUUUUGUUGCUUUUUCUUGUUGAAGACUGAGCCAAGCAACCUUUGCAUUUUCCUAUUUCACUUGCGGCAACCGCUUCUUUGUUGCACUCUCACCUGCGUUUUCAGGUGAUUGUAUAAUGCUGGUGUAACUACACAGUGGGAGCUUAGUUGAUUCGUUCGCAGGAGUAGUGAAUUUCUCUCAAGUUUCCAGUGUCACAAGACUAAUCUUCACUAUUGCUAAUUUGCUACAAGUUUUGAACCUAUUUGAAAAACUUCAAUGCCUAGUAGCAAGGUUUAUCUGACUUACAAGAGAAAGCUUCCAUCAAUAAGGACUGGCAUUACCCAUAAAAAUGCAUGCCAUGGUUCACUUUUUGAAGGACAAAGUGACACUUCUAUGACUGCACCAGACAAUAAUGACGCACAGAGCGACCCUUAUGUAUCAGAAUAUCAGCAAACAAAUGCAUCAAUAUUUCCUGGAUGUGUUACUUGUGGUGUCAGAGGCAACCUAUUGCAGUGCAAAGAUUGCAACCAAUCAUAUCAUCAUCAGUGUCUCGAGAGGUCUCUUAAGUCAAAGCAUAUACUUAACAGGGAGAGGGUGAUAUGUGGUUGUAAACUACAGGUUGCUUCUGCUGAUGUGAAACUAAUGACUGCUAGUUCUUGUAAAUCACCUGCAAUGGAAAAUCCUGCUGAGAAAACCUCAUGGAAAGACACCAUGGCAGCUCCUUAUCUUGAUUCAUCCUUUAAUAACAAGUUACAUCACACUCAAGUUGGUUCAUGUUCAGUUUUGAGCGUAGCUUCCAAAUUAAUUCCUCGGUCAACAGGGAUCAACAAUGGAAACAGCUUGGAUCUUAUAAGCUCAAAAUCAUCUACUGAAAGAAGCUGCAUCUCUGCAUCUGAUGUUGGUUCAUGUUUGUCAAGAGUACCGAACUUGAAAGGGACUGAUUUACUCUUUAAAGAUAAGACCGUGGAAAGUCCUGGUGAUUUUCUUGAGCAAACCAGGUUGAACACUCCGUUGAUUACUUUUAGUCGAAGAUGUAAAAGGAGAAAAGCCAAUAAUGGGGCUGAUGUAAAAAGUUCAUUUAUUGAGGAUAAGAUUUGCUCAUCUUUCACCAAAUCAAGUAUAGCUGCUGCUGAUGCAGUGUCCCUUAAAGUCUGCGUGGAAGAUAAUUCAAUAAAUGCGGAGGUACGUGCGGAUGAUACAGGGUUGAGGCAUAUGUGUCGUCAAAAUCAAGAUAACAUAAAAGAUGUUGAUUCUGCAGACAUGCAUGUAGGGUCUGCUCUGGAAGCUAAGCCUUUGAUAUGUGAGAGAGAACUGUCUCGUGGUUCUGAAAGAACAUCCAAGAAUGGCUUACAUAUUAGUGGACAAGGACAUAUAUCCAAAGUUACCAUGGACACUGAAGAAGCUCCUCUAGAUAAUGGUUUACAAAUCUCAAUAAAUGAUGCUGCCAAAGAUCUAUGUGAAGCCAUAGUUGUAGAUACAGAGUUGGAAAACACUAAUUAUCAAGACGACUUUGAAACUCUGUCAAAUUGUGAGAAAGCAACGAUAGUUCCUAAUUAUGCCGAAGAAGGGAGAAGGCCCUGUUUGGAUCUCUCCACUACUCCUGACUCACGUGGUACAUUGGACUGUAAUGUCGAUUUCGAUUUGUGCUGUCAAAAGGAGCCUGUUCUUGCUCCUUCAGAAUCUCUCAGAGACUCCAUGGACUCCACUAGCAGAAGUCGUGCUGCUGUUUUAGAUCAAAAGUCCUGUCCUGAAUUAGUAGAAAACAUGAAUGAGAGAAAUGAGGAAGCCUUACCAGAUCAUCCAACAAAGGCAUUUAGUGAUGCAUCAAAUUCUGUGGAAGAAGCCGGGUCCAACUUAAAAGAUAAUGGUGAAGCUUGUCCAAGAUCCUACAUGGACAAUGAAUCAGGAAACAAAUGUCUGCAGCUAUUUUCUGAAGAAAUAAGGAGCAGUUCCCAUCUGGCAACUACGAAUUCAGGAAUUACUACAAGCAUGGUUUUGGAAGAAAGCAAAUCCUUUAAUUCAGGGAGCAAAACUUCUUGUGCUUCUCUAUUAGAUUUGGGUUUGUCCCUGCCAACAGAGUCUGAUAUGGGUAAUUGUUCAAAAAAGUGCUCCCUCAAGUCACCAAUGUGGAACUUUGAUUGUAAAAUUAGGGAUUUUUUUCAAGAUGCUGUGCAUCAAUCGUCAUCUAACCAGGCAACUUCAUUGCUGAGACAUAAGCUGAUGCUUGAUAGUAUUGUAAGUCGGGCAAGUGCUUUGAAUGCAAAAGGUUGUUUUCAAGACAAGUUUAAGUCAUAUACUACCUUAUGGUUGGAAGAAGAAUUGGAUUCUCUUUGGAUAGGUGUGAGGAGACAUGGAAGGGACAACUGGCAUGCCAUGCUAAGGGAUCCGAGACUCCACUUCUCUUCUUGGAGGACAGCAAGGGACCUUGCUGAGCAGUGGGAGGAGGAGCAAGCUAAACUGCUGAAUGGUCAUUGUUCGCAGUUCAAUUCUCCAUUAACACAAGACAUUUCUUUGGACCACACUGGUGGCUUCCUUUAUCCAAAGGUGGGAAUCUGGAGAGGAAAUACUGUUGAGGAAACUAGACUGUCACUAGGAGAUGUAUAUGCUCAUAGAACUGGCAGUUUCUCAAAAAAGCGGCGUUUCAAGUUUUCUGGUGUUGAAAAUGAUACAGAACAGAUCCAUAGGCCUGCCACCUACCGAAGGACUGCAAUGUCUUCUGACUUCCAGGGUGAGAUAUAUGCCAAGGGGUCAUAUGAUUUGGGGUGUAGGACUCUGCCAAGGUGCGAUCCCUUAGUAAUUAACAACCCUUUCACUUCUGUGGCAUCCAAAGGCAAUUUGCCCCACUGGUUGAGAGAAGCAGUAUACACUCCUCCGAGGCCAAUGGAUGCAACUCUACCUCCUGCUUUUUCCUCGAUUGCUCAUUCAGGGACAAAGCGAGUUCCGUAUCCAGAUCCUAGUGAGCUACACUUUAAUGGAUCUGAGCUCGGUCGUGUAAGAGUCAGUGAGCUAAAGCCAUCCUAUGGUGCUCAUCGCACUAAUGGUUCCUUGGGAGUGAGGCAUGGAAAAACUGAAGUGAGCAGGGUCUCUAUGCGUCCUGUCAAUAAACCAGAUAACUUGAUCAUUAUCGAUAGUGAUGCAUCUUCUGAGGAGACCAUAUCUGAUGAUCAUAGUGCGAGGCCCUAGCUUUCAGGAUGUUUUGUGAGCAAAACUAUUUUCUAAAGCUUUCUAAAAUUUGUUUAUUAUCUCCUGUAUAGUUUUGUAGUGCAGUAAUAUUUAACCGAUGAGGUGAUAUUAAUUUAUCGAUGAGCUUCUGUAAA